CGCACACAAUUACAAGUUACAACACUAACUUCAAAAAACAGAGCACUCUGUUUUCAACAAAAUGAAUUCCUUCCCAAACUCUUCCUCUUCAUUUGAAUUCAAUUAUCUUCCCUUCAACGAGAACGAUCCCGAAGAGAUGCUUCUCUACGGCAUGAUCAACGACGCGAACACCACUCUCAACAACCACACCAGAGUUAUUAAGGAAGAAGAGGUAAGUUCCAUAAGUUCCGAAGAGAACGAACCGAGGAAGGAGAAGUCAUACCGAGGCGUUCGAAGAAGACCGUGGGGGAAAUUCGCAGCAGAAAUAAGGGAUUCUACGAGAAACGGAAUGAGGGUUUGGUUAGGAACUUUUGACAGUGCUGAAGCAGCUGCUUUAGCUUAUGAUCAAGCUGCGUUUGCCAUGAGAGGCGCUUCUGCUAUACUCAAUUUUCCGGUUGAGAUUGUGAGAGAAUCGCUUAAUGAUAUGAAUUGCGAUGAAUGUUCGGAAGAUGGUUGUUCACCUGUUGUUGCUCUUAAGAGGAAACACUCUUUGAGAAGGAAAAUCGGUUUCGUCAAGAACAAAGAACAAGAUUUUAGAAAAAAAAACAACAAUGAUAGUAACAAUAUUAACCGUUUCGAUAAUGCUCUCGUGUUUGAAGAUCUUGGUUCUGAUUAUUUAGAACAAUUGUUGAUGUCUUCCGAUGAAUUUCCUUCUCCUCAGUGAUUCAUCAUUUCAACUUCAACAGAGUAAAAUCUAAAAUAAGAUAUCUUCUGCACGUAACUGCAGAGAUUAAUUCUCUUCAAAAAAAAGUUAACACUACUGCGUAUUUAAGACUGAGUCUAAUUCCAGAAAAAAAACUUUUGAUUGCGAGGGAAAAGAUAACUUAUCAUCUGAUCCAAAUACUCUUUGAUUUUAGUCCGUUUAAUUUUAUUUCUAUCUAUUUUUUUUUUGUUUUUUUAGUAUUUUUAUUUAAUUAAUAUUUUACUUUUUUUUUAGAGGGUGAUGAAAGCCUUUGUUGUGUUUGAAUGAUCAAAAUUUGAAGAUCAUUUGAUUUUUUUUUUUUUAGUUUGUGUUAUGAUUAUGUUUCUUUUUGGGAGUCUAUAGGAGAAUUUUCUUCUAAAUAUUUGUUUUUUCUUUUGAAUGUAAAGUUUAAUAGAUAAGGAUUAAGGAAUGAAGUGGUGAAGUUUGUGGGGUAUA